CUCGUUGUCAGAGCCGCUCCGGCGCGUGCGCGUGUUAUCUCCGGCCGACCGGAGUAGCCGGCUUCCCUACGCUCCAGGCCCCCGCCCACCGCCGCCCCCUCCCAGCCCCUGGCCGACCCGUCCCCUUCCUUUCCUUGCGGAAUGGGGCCGGCGUUGCUCGGGGUCGCGCACCCGGGACCCGGCUCGCGCUCGGUCUCGCGCUGUCAGCGACUGCUUGGCUCGCGCCGCCUCGCGCUCUCCCUCAGUCAGUGGCGCCGAAGGCUCCGUUAAGCAGCGGCGGCGGCGGCGGUUCCUGUUUCCGUUUCUUCCUCUCCCUUCAGUCGGGAAUAGCAUCCUCCACCCAGCCACCCCUCCCACUACCCCAACGCGGGGCAGCUGCGGCUGAGGGCUGUAGCGGCGGCGGCGACUGGGGAACGGCGGAGACCGCCUCUGCUCCCGCCUCGGGUUGCUGCUUUUGCUAAGAGAGCACCCAUGACCCUGAUGGUGUUUCCAUUCACAAUAAAGGGCUCUAUUGCCUUCAUUGAUUAGCUGAUCAAAUUCAGGAUUACUGGAAUAAUCAAAUGAAAUCACGUGAAAUUGUUUUAAAAACCGAAGACUUCACAAAGUUGGUAAUUUUAGUGACCCAGAUUCAAGCAGUAAUAUCUUCCAUUGGAAAUAUGUGAUUUCGUCAUCUUCUUAUGUUCUAGGGGAAGAAAGCAUGUAGAGUCCAUGAAGCACAGGACAAUAAAGCUUCCUACUCAUACCACCAGGAGGAUCUCUUGGAAAGAGUCACCACAGGACUACCAGAGAGACUAAUUUGUCUGAAGCAUCAUGUGUUGAAAGAACACUCGCUAGAAACAGAGUGACGAUGUUUUCAAUUCCUUGAGUUCCAGGAACCCAGGAGAGUGAGCUGAAACUCUGAAAAUGCGGCCAUGGACUGGUUCCUGGCGUUGGAUUAUGCUCAUUCUUUUUGCCUGGGGGACCUUGCUAUUUUAUAUAGGUGGUCACUUGGUACGAGAUAAUGACCACCCUGAUCACUCUAGCCGAGAACUGUCCAAGAUUUUGGCAAAGCUUGAACGCUUAAAACAGCAAAAUGAAGACUUGAGACGAAUGGCUGAAUCUCUCCGAAUACCAGAAGGCCCCAUUGAUCAGGGCCCAGCUUCAGGAAGGGUUCGUGCUUUAGAAGAGCAGCUUGUGAAGGCCAAAGAACAGAUUGAAAAUUAUAAGAAACAAACUAGAAAUGGUCUAGGGAAGGAUCACGAAAUCCUAAGGAGGAGGAUUGAAAAUGGAGCUAAAGAGCUCUGGUUUUUUCUACAAAGUGAGUUGAAGAAAUUAAAGAAUUUAGAAGGAAAUGAACUCCAAAGACAUGCAGAUGAAUUUCUGUCAGAUUUGGGACAUCAUGAAAGGUCUAUAAUGACGGAUUUAUACUACCUCAGUCAAACAGAUGGAGCAGGUGAUUGGCGGGAAAAAGAGGCCAAAGAUCUGACAGAGCUGGUCCAGCGGAGAAUAACGUAUCUUCAGAAUCCCAAGGACUGCAGCAAAGCCAAGAAGCUAGUGUGUAAUAUCAACAAAGGCUGCGGCUAUGGCUGUCAGCUCCAUCAUGUGGUCUACUGCUUCAUGAUUGCGUAUGGUACCCAGCGAACACUCAUCUUGGAAUCUCACAAUUGGCGCUAUGCUACUGGAGGAUGGGAAACUGUGUUUAGACCUGUAAGUGAGACCUGCACAGACAGAUCUGGCAUCUCCACUGGACACUGGUCAGGUGAAGUAAAGGACAAAAAUGUUCAGGUGGUUGAGCUCCCCAUUGUAGACAGUCUUCAUCCUCGUCCUCCAUAUUUACCGCUGGCUGUACCAGAAGACCUUGCAGAUCGACUUGUACGAGUCCAUGGUGAUCCUGCAGUGUGGUGGGUGUCCCAGUUUGUCAAAUACUUGAUCCGCCCACAACCUUGGCUGGAAAAAGAAAUAGAAGAGGCCACCAAGAAGCUAGGCUUCAAACAUCCAGUUAUUGGAGUCCAUGUCAGACGCACAGACAAAGUGGGAACAGAAGCAGCCUUCCACCCCAUUGAGGAAUACAUGGUACACGUUGAAGAACAUUUUCAGCUUCUUGCUCGCAGAAUGCAAGUGGAUAAAAAAAGAGUAUAUUUGGCCACAGAUGACCCUUCUUUAUUAAAGGAGGCAAAAAUAAAGUACCCCAGUUAUGAAUUUAUUAGUGAUAACUCUAUCUCUUGGUCAGCUGGACUACAUAAUCGAUACACAGAAAAUUCACUUCGAGGUGUGAUCCUGGAUAUACACUUUCUCUCCCAGGCAGACUUCCUAGUGUGUACUUUUUCAUCCCAGGUCUGUCGAGUUGCUUAUGAAAUCAUGCAAACACUGCAUCCCGAUGCCUCUGCAAACUUCCAUUCUUUGGAUGACAUCUACUAUUUUGGGGGCCAAAAUGCCCACAACCAGAUUGCCAUUUAUCCUCACCAACCUCGAACUGCAGAUGAAAUCCCCAUGGAACCUGGAGAUAUCAUUGGUGUGGCUGGAAACCAUUGGGAUGGCUAUUCUAAAGGUGUCAACAGAAAACUGGGAAGGACGGGCCUAUAUCCCUCCUACAAAGUUCGAGAGAAGAUAGAAACAGUCAAGUACCCCACAUAUCCUGAGGCUGAGAAAUAAAGCUUAGAUGGACGAGAAAGACAACCAAACUCAGUUCAAACCGUUUGAGCCAAACAGUAGAUGAAGAAGGCCCCAACCUAACAACUCAUGGUUAAAUGAGUCAACACCCUCGUCGCCAGGAGCAGCUGGGAUCUGACAGAUGCUUCAUUGGUGGAAUUCCUCUUUAACAAGGGCUACCGUGCCCUCAAAACCAUGCACAGUCCGAUAAUGUACUCACGUAUAACAUACAAACAGGUUGUUUUCUACUUUACCCGUUCUUUCAAGAUUAUGUCCCCAUGAAACAAACACUGCCACAUUGUGUAAUUUAAGUGACACAGACAUUUUGUGUGAGACUUCAAACAUGGUGCCUAUAUCUGAGAGACCUAUGUGACCUAAUGAGAUGACUCUAAUAGCUCCCUCCUGUGGGGAGCUUGAUUCUUAGCCAGUGGUGGUAUUGUAACCACUGAAUUCACUCCAAUCAACAGAUUCAGAAUGAGAAUGGAUGUUUUUGUCUGGAAUUUUUUUUUGAGUAAUUGUACCAGUUCAUCCACCUCAUCAUUAAUAAGUGAAGGAUACAACAGAAAAUAAAAUAUUCAUACUCCAUUAGGAACUUUUGUAAAACAAUACCAUGAACAGAUUCUUUAGUACUCAAUGUUUCCGGACAUUCUCUUUGAUAACAAAAAAUAAAUUUUAA